CGCACCGGCGGGAGCGGAGCCGCGGCGCGCGCUCGCCCCGGACGCCGGCCGGCCGGCCGCCCGCCAGCCCGAGCGAGCGGCCCGGGCCGCGGAGGGGGCCCGCCCCGCGCCGGGCGCCGCCGCUCUGGCCGCCAUGUGCUCCCAGCUCUGGUUCCUGACGGACCGGCGCAUCCGCGAGGACUACCCGCAGGUGCAGAUCCUGCGCGCCCUCCGGCAGCGCUGCUCGGAGCAGGACGUGCGCUUCCGGGCGGUGCUCAUGGACCAGAUCGCCGUCACUGUCGUCGGCGGCCACCUCGGCCUUCAGCUGAACCAGAAGGCUCUCACCACUUUCCCGGAUGUGGUGCUUGUUCGGGUGCCCACACCCUCCGUGCAGUCGGACAGUGACAUCACAGUCCUGCGACACCUGGAGAAGUUGGGCUGCCGCUUAGUCAACCGCCCACAAAGCAUUUUAAACUGCAUCAACAAAUUCUGGACGUUCCAAGAGCUGGCUGGACAUGGGGUCCCCAUGCCAGACACCUUCUCCUAUGGUGGGCAUGAAGACUUUUCAAAAAUGAUUGAUGAAGCCGAGCCCCUGGGCUACCCGGUCGUGGUGAAGAGCACACGAGGACACCGGGGAAAAGGUGUUUUUCUUGCAAGAGAUAAACAUCACCUCUCAGACAUCUGCCAUCUGAUCCGCCAUGAUGUGCCCUACCUGUUCCAGAAGUACGUGAAGGAGUCCCAUGGAAAAGAUAUCCGAGUGGUGGUGGUAGGUGGUCGGGUGAUAGGCUCUAUGCUUCGCUGCUCCACAGAUGGACGGAUGCAGAGCAACUGCUCUCUUGGUGGUGUGGGCGUUAUGUGCCCUCUGACAGAACAAGGCAAGCAGUUGGCUAUUCAAGUGUCCAACAUCCUGGGCAUGGACUUCUGUGGCAUUGAUCUCCUCAUCAUGGAUGAUGGCUCCUUUGUGGUGUGUGAGGCAAAUGCCAAUGUUGGUUUUCUUGCCUUUGACCAGGCAUGCAACUUAGAUGUAGGCGGGAUCAUUGCAGACUACACCAUGUCCUUGCUGCCUGAUAGGCAGGCUGGGAAGACGGCCAUCCUCCCAGGACUGUCUAGUCCCAGGGAAAAGAAAGAACCAGAUGGCUGUGCUCCAGCUCAGGGAGUUGCAGAGAGUGUCUACACCAUCAACAGCGGAUCUACCUCUAGUGAGAGUGAGCCUGAACUGGGAGAGGUCCGGGAUUCCUCAGCAAGCACAGUGGGGUCUCCUCCCCCACUGCUGUCUGAAUCCGGCUACAACAUUAAUAACAGGAUUGCUUCAGAAUUAAAACUUAAGUGAAUUCCUGCUUUGGGGCAGCAUUUGAACCAAAUUCUACUGCUUCCCUAGUAGUUGUGAGUGAAUAAAAUCUGGACUAAUGUGAUUUCAUUUGCACAGAAACUAGAAAUCCCAUCUGGGCACUCAGCAUUCUUCCUGACGAUGAUUUGAGCAAAUGGCCUAGCUUUAUGGUUUUCACAGAGACUAAUACCAAACACUCACCAAGAACAACAUCUCAACGGGUCACUUUGAGACCCAUGUCUGCCACAAGCACUGGGGAAUUACGACUGAAUUGAAGGCGCUGACUCUGUGCUGCAGCUUCUGGCUUUUAGCAGCAGAGCCCAUGAACUCAGAACAGCUCCUGGAAGCACUGUGUUCAAGAGCAACCACCCAACAGAGGCAUGUGCUGAGAAGUGGAAUGUGAUUGCAAUUAUGUGCUCUUCACUAAGUGUGUGUGCGUGUGUGUGUGUGAGAGAGAGAUGCUUGGAGAAUACACAGUUCAAACACUACUAGAGGAUCAAUCUCUGCUCCCCAUCGAUCACCAUCUUGGCCAUAUUUCUCUGACACUCAGGAUAUGGUGUUUUAGGGAGCUUCCUCAUGAGCAUUUUCAAUGAGGUACUUUGUAGAAAGUAAAACUGAACAUUCUUGACUCCACUGGUUAGCAAGUGUCCUGCACUAUAACUGGGACUUUCUACAAAUUGCUUUGCCACUAUGAAUUUAUAGACCCCCUGCUUCAACUCAUGGCAGCCUCAGCAGCCUGUUGCACCUCUGCGGCCUUUGGCCUUAGCUAGAAAUGUACUUCAGUGAGCUCUGGCCACACACGUGAUUUCUUAUGUGUGCACUAGGAUUGAACACCAUGACUUUCCUUUCAGUGGACCCUCUUCUCUUGUCAUCCAGAAGCCAGUGGGUUUUUGUCACAGCUUCUGGAAGAUAAUCAUCUUCGCCACUCCCCCACUAAAACAUUGUGUACUGCUUAGUUGUAGGAGGUUUCCCUCUUCGAGUUAAUGUGGGCCUUUUGGGUAGAUAACAGCCAUUGGAAACGCUCCAGUCUCCUUAACUUGCUUGUUUUAUCCAGGUUCCAGAGAUCAGUCCCUACCCACUUUUCCAAACUGGGGAGAGUCAGGUGUCAGGAUUACUCAUUGUACAUGUGACAGGUGGGGUUGGGGGGCUGGAUAAUGUAGAUAUGACACCAAGUGCUUUUCAUUUUAAGUCUUCAAGCAGGAGCUGAUGAUCCUUCCCUUGAGAUAAAUCAUGGAGAUGGAGUUUUCAAUUUCUGCUUAUAGGAAGUAUGACAAAAAUGAGCAAGGCUACCUUUUAACCAAAUACACUAAAACAUGUGCACUCAGUUACCAUAAUCUGAGUCAUUUCCUUGGGGGACCAUCCUCUUGAGCUAUGAUGUUGCAUGUGCCAAGAAUGCAUAGAAUUCCUCUUUGGAAUUAUCUCUGAAGCCAUGCAAGGAAAGAGGCCUGACAGUCUUAUAGCUGUCACACCUCUCCAGAGGUGGUUCCAAGCACUGUCACCCAUUUUAUGUAUUGGACUUACCUUCUAUUGCUCUUUGGCUAUUAAAAAAAAGUAAUUCCUCAAAAAUAGAGGUCUUCUCUUAAAGGACAAACCAACACUGAGGAAGCUUACAGCCGGACAAUUUCCAAAGAGGGCUCUAGAAAUGUUCUGACUAAGGUUUACUGGAUUAAACACAUCUUCCCAAGAUGACUAGUUUGAAGGCAACAACCCCAUGUGGGUGUAUAAAUUCCUGUAUACUUACUCUCCUAUAAAUGUAAAAUGUAUAUAAAGUCAAACUCCUACAUUUUUUCACAGCACAUUUAAAUAGAAAUUGGCUUUUAAAAUAUUGUGGCUAAAAUCAGAUCUCACCAAGUAACAGUUGUACAAGUGAGAAAUGUUCGGUGCCAUGUAAUGGAGAUGUCCACACUACAUAGUAGUAGUUUAAAUGCAGUCCAACAUAGGGUGCAUGCCACUAAAAUUAACUCUAAUAAUGUCUUGUACAGUUGAAUAUGACAAUACUUCACCUUUACAUAGGUUAAGACAUGUACCUUUAUCGCUCAGGGUGGGUCUAGUUGAAGGAUAGUUCUAAGUCUGUUCUUAACUAGAGUUGGCCAGAUGCUUUCUACAUGAACAUCUGAACCAAGUGAUGACCUUCUGGAAGCUGCAUUCACUCAGUCCUGCUGUUUAGUGUAAGCCCCAUCUUCCUACUUUAUCUAAAAGGAUGCUAUCAGCCUCCCUUCUGAGCAGAGCAGCUAGAGGGUGCUUCCAGGUUUGUCAGAAGGGGCCCAUUUUCCAGCUGCAAGUGACAUCUGUAGUCACUGGCAUCACUGCUUGGAACUUAGCCCUGUCUAAAAGCAGAGAAAGCCAGACCACAGCUGGAUCAUAGCCCUGCUCCAGGCUUUCCCAUACUGGCUGUGGGCCCUGUGAGCCUCAGCCAGGCAGCCAGGCCACACUUGUCAGCUGCUCACAAGGCCCGUUGGAAGGGACAUGGGGCACAGAGCCAGAUCCUGGUUCUGGCUCUCCCCUCCAGUCACUGACUAACCUUGUACAAUAGGGGGACCCCAUGCCUCCAUUUCCCGCUCUUUUGAUAGGGAGAUGCCUAUUACAUUUAUCUCUUGGGGGUGUUUGAGGUUAAAGUGAGUUAAUGAGUAUGCAUUAUAUGGGAGGUGGUGAAGAACACCUCCCACACCUGGUUUUAUAAUGGUUGUCAUUCCUCCUCUGCGGGAGUUAAGAAAAGAAGAAAAAGGUCAUGAAUUCUUGGUAUUAGCACACUGAACAGUGGUAGGGGGCCUGAAAAAGGAUGCAGCUUCCCAGAGGCCUUACAACCUGAAAGGAGUAAGGCUCUUGGUGUAUUCAAACAGCCUUCUGGAUGUAUUGCAUAUAAUCUGAAACUCUUGACUCUCGUAUAUCAACUAAGUCUUCCUUAUGUAACAUAAAUUGUAGUGUAUGUAUAUAAUUUUCCCAUUAUCUGGUAGUAGCAUCUUGAAACUGGUCAAAACUUGAAUGCCAAUAGCUCAGUCACUCAGAAUAUAUAUGAUUCUGCACUUGGGGAAAAUGUCUUCAUGCUAUCUGUCUGAUGAUGGAUAUGGGGUUGCCAGAAUGUGGAUUUGGGACUUCAGGUCUUUAGGAUCUGAUAUGCAAUAUAAGUUGAUCAUUAGCUAUUAGUGUCACAUUUGCAGACUCAGUGCCCCCAGUUAAGAAGGGAUUCCCUGACAACGGGAUGGGGAGAGGAGGCAAAGGAAGAGAAAGGCCUGGGAUAAUUUUUGUGACAUUUCAGUCGGAGAAAUAAGAAACUGGGAUCAUUUGGAAUUCUACUGGGAAGGAAGAAAAAAAUGGCUCUUCAGAGGUCUGUUUUAAUGAAAGAAUUAAGAACAUGUAUUAAUUAGAAGUAGGUUGAAAUUAUUCUGUAUAGAGAAAAUGAGAUGCAAGGAUUCUCUUCCACCUCGGUGGAAGUGGGAGAGACAUGCCUCAUCCCUCCUUUAAGUCUUGAUGAAUGCUAUUCUUAGGAUCACUCUGAAUGUACGUCAGGGGAAGACUGCAGCAGUUAGCUGGGGGUUCCAGGAUCAUCCAAGUAACCACAGACACUCCCAGCAGUUAAUGACCAAAAUACCAUGUGUAGGGAAGUCUAAAGCCACAGCUGUCUGAGGUAAGUUAAGGAGCCAUGUCAGAAAGUGAAUCUAAAGUCAGUAAUAAUUUCACUUUAUUUCAUAAUAAUUUUCAGCUUAAUAAUCUUUUCUGCACCUGGAAGGUGAGGCUCCUAUUGCCAAGCUAUGCAGAUGUUUUGGGAAGAGCUCUGACAACAGCUAACAACAGUCCCUGAAGUUAGUGUUCUUAGAUCUGCUGCUGUAGCCUUAAAGACAUCCUGGUGCAGUUUUUGACUGCCUCUGAGACUCAAGAUCAGAUCACGGCUUUAAAAUGUUUUUACCUGGAAGACCACUCAUCUCAGGAAUAUAUUGUUUUAAUUCUUUCUUGAAACUGUUAUGUUUUAAUUCCAAGUCUAUGGCUAGACUCUGCAGCACUCCCUUCUAAAACUCAAACAACUGAGUACAAAAACUUUGUUCUUUCAAGGCUUUCAUUUCUUCCCCCCUGUGUGCUUCCUGAACCAACACCAGCACUGUUCUGGGCCCUGUGCUGGCAUCUCAACCCUUUUAACUUUAAGUAGUCUCAGUCUGGCACAUCAUGUUUGGUGGGGCUCUGAGGCAACACCAAGAAAGUCACCUAUCAAGCCAUGUUUGAGCCGCAGGAAUAGCAGCACUUUGGAGACCAGUCCCUGUUGUAUUGGUGGGGAUCUGAAACCCAGAGGCCAAGAUCACCUAGCUCGUCAGCAGCAAGGCUGGGACCUAGGCGGUCUGAUUCCCUGUCCAGUGUGGCGUACUGCCAGAGGCAGCUGUAUUCUUCCACAGUGUCUGGCACUUGCUGCCAUCUGGACCCACCCUUGGCUUAUUCAUUUCCCUACUCCUGAGCCUAUGCUCUGGAUCAAUACAGUGUCAAUGUGCUAGCAAUGAAGGAUUCAGUUCCUGGAUGGCUUCUAGCUGAGAGCCCCAAAGGUAUAUGUGAGAUUUCCAUGGUGCAGGCUGGGUCAUGGCCUGUGCCUUCUUUAGACCAGCCAGGACCAUUUGGCCCCACCUCACACCAUCAGCGAUGGGAUAUGAGGGAGAAGGCCCUGCCAAACUGACUGAAGCCUUCCCUGGCCCCAGUUUGGCCAGUGUUCCCUCACGGCAGAAUGUCUUGGAAUUCGUGGAGGCCUCUGUGGGCCUCUGCAGAAGCCAAGGGUUUGAAGGUCCCGAACUCUCACAGGCACCCCGCGGGAGAAUCCUGAUUGAUACAUAUGCUCCAGUUGCCACAAGUCAGAAGUCUCCUCCCGCGUCCAGUUCCAGUGCAUCUCCCUUGCAGCCAGCCGCCAGGUGCAGAUUCUUCCCUGUUGUCACCCAUAGGUCAGCUGAGGACCCCCUGCCCCUUGAGAUGCAGACAAGUCAGAUAGCUGGGCCUUUGGAUCUCUGUGAUUUCUAAGGGACUUAAUUCUGGUGUCACCGCUGACUCCAGUCUUCACUACCUCAUUUCCUUGUUGUCUCAUCCCCACACUGCAUCAGCUGAGUCAAGAAGCACAGUUCUCUCCCCAAAAUUCAAAUGAGUCAGUGUGUAUGUGUAUGUGUGGGCACAUACACACCCAUGUGCCCGUGUAUUUCAGUGAUGUGAGAAAAUGGCAUUGCAGCAGCGCAGACAUGGCAUCCCCAUUCAUAAAAUGUUCUGACACGUUACAGAAGGAUCCACACCUUCCACUCCACAUGGUACCUGUCUCCCUUCUUGGGAUGAACCGAAUCCAUUUUUGCUCUCUUGUACAGCAGUACAGGCAUUCCUUUCCUUAAUUUGAAUCCUGCCAACUCCCUUACCUUCAAGAUUUCACCUACCAUGGGUGGCUUAUUAAGGGCAUUGUCCUAAACAAAGGUGGCUCCCUCCUCAAGGGGAGCUUCUGACAUUGCUUCAGGUGAUAGGUUUUUCAUCCCACCACACUAGCCAGGCAUCACAACCAUCACACCACUCACUAGCUGUCAGGGUUGUCACGCUUCACGGAAGGCAGCAGGGACUAAUGGUGCCAAUUUGAUGUAGCCCCCACUCAAAUCUUGACUCCAUAACUUACAGCCGUGUGACCUCAGGAAAGUCCCUUAAUCUUGCUAAACCUUCACUUCAUCACCUAGAAUGUGAUAAACACUAUCUUGAACGUGAAACACUUAACCACAGGCCUGGCUUUCAGCAGGUUCCUUUCCUCUCACUUCCUCCGCUGUCAGCAGUCACAACAGCUCCCUCCCGCCACUGUGGCUCAGUGCCAAGGGAUAAAAGCCAGCAGACAGCAACUUUACAGCUGGGAAAAAGAAAAGAUGCUGGGGAGAGCUGGUGGCUGCUCAAGCAGGCUGUGGUUUAGGCUUAAUGAUUGGAAGGUCUCAUCUGUCCUUGAGACAUGAUUCUAUGGUGUAAGAUUUGGGGGUGUAUUGGGCUUAGAAGAAUCGUGGAGGAAAGGUUGCCUCAGACAACUGGGAGACUGGAAAGCUGAUGAGCAGCCUGACCUUGGAUGAUUUAGCACCUGGUUUCUUUGGCUCUUCCUGUAUUAGGUCUGCUGCCUUUGCAUCAAAUGGAAGGAGGAGGUGCCAGAGACUUGAAUGAAAUCUGUCAAACAGAGGGUGAGGGGAGUGCAGAAGGCCAGGGGCUCGGAAGGGAACUCUGAUAACCCAGCAGCACCAUCUGCACUGGGCAGGGGUGACAGCCCUGAGAGCAGAUGAAACUAGCCAACAAAGCGGCUAAAAUUCUGCCCUGGGCCUGUCCUGAGUGGGACUCCCAGAAUCUCCUAUUUAGAAGGAACGCUGAUACCCUAUAAGGGAAGAGCUGGGGCUCUCAAUCACUCUGCAGCACUAAUAAAGGUCUUUGUCAAGGCAGGACUGGGCAGGUGGCUGGUUUGUUUAGUCCCACCUAGAGGUCCCCAGAGCACCAGUGGUGCGCAGACUGUUCAAUUUUCAGGAAUUUUGUGAGCUGGUUGUUAAACACAACCAUCAUUAAAAAUUAAAUUACAUAAACCUACAGUUAAAUAAAGUAUAUUAGAGACAUAGGUAAUAAAUACUCAAAACUCAUCACUUCCUAAUUAUUUUACUACAUUUGUAUCACUUGUGCUCUCGAGGUUAUGGACACCUACCGCGUUUGUGCAGCGGACAUGCUGUAUAACGGUGCAUGCACUACUGCACAUCUCCUGACUCCACCAUUCAACGAAAUCACGUUGGUAACUUGACAUCAGCCACGGUGGGAACAGCUACCCCACGGAGAUGAGCAGGCACUACAUACCAAGUUUCCCCCCUGGAGAGCUGGUUGUGUUACGGAAAAUACUGGAAAACCUGGACGGGAUCACUGACGGAAGAACCAAGCGGCACACGGAGGUCUUGGAGUGUUGAGGUUUUAUUUCACACCGGCGGCCUCAGAGGGGAGUAAUCUCCCAAGGUCCGAGCCCUGAGCACAAGCAAGGGGAGCAAUUUAUAUUAUUUUGAUAUGUGGCAUUUUGGCAUGCGCAGGGCACAAGAGGAGCCUGGAGGAGCGGGGGGAGGGAGCUGGGAGGGCUUUGCCAAACUGGAGGAAAAAAGCGGUUUGCUGACCUUGACGGCUGUGUUGAAUAUUUUCCUUAUCAGUUGUUCUCAGCACACCACUUCCAUUGGGUGGCCGGAGAAAGAAAUUGGUACAGGUACACAUUAAAACAUCUGAGUUCCAGGAGGUGUGUUUUCAGAAGCAAGCAUUGCAGAACUGACUUGAAGAAAGACACUUGAAAACACUGCUUCCCCGCUGGUUUUGUCUAGCCUCUGUUCUCACACACGGGAAAUCUGUUUUGUUUGCUCCUAAACUUCCGGAGUGAUUUGUGAGGUCCUGGCUCACUGUUGGCGGUACUUCAGCGAAGUUCCCUCCAGGAAAGUGAGUUGUAGUUUCUAAUUGGCAAACUGAAAAUGUGCUGUAAGGAAUACAUCUUAACUAGGCACCCAAAGAGCUCAUUUGCAAGCGGUUUCUCCAGCAAUAACAAUGUUAACUGCUCCAAUAGAGAACUCAUUUAUAUGUGAUUGUUUUGCUGUCUUUGCUUUUUAUUAAAAUGAUUACUGCAGAGUGGAAUGCUUCGUUUCCCUUUGUCCCCAAAACUCUGUGCUUUUUGGUUCUUUUUAAGGAAGAAUCAUGUGCUGCAUGUAUAUUUUAUUAUUUUCAUAUCAUAAAUCAAGAAAAAAGCUUCAUAGAGAUUUCAUCCUAUUCACUUACACACCAGCUGCAUUCUGAAACCCCAUAAUUUUCCUUUCAAGCACAGAGUUUCAUCUGAAUUGUAAUGUGGCCAACUCUCAGCUGUCAAGAUGAUAGAGGGAAAUACUAAUACAGAUGGUAUGAGCUUGUCAUGGGCUCGCUCAGCAUGCUCCCCUGGACUGACAUUUGAAUUAAAAUUCAACCAGCAAGUGAAAACUGAAAGCCAUUAGAAUGGCUGUGUGAGGCAGUGAGGGCCCCAGGGGACUGAAAGAAUCUGUGUACCUGCCCAAGGAACUCUGACAGUCAAGCUGAGCCUCAGACAUUUCCAAAGGCUUCCUGGGAGAAACAGUGAUAAGACCUUGAGGAACUGUGGUCAGCACCAGGCCUGGAACCCUUGAACUAGGCUGUUCCUCUCAUGUGGAGGCAGGUGGCCUAGCCAGAGGUGAGAGUAACAGGGCUGGUGCUUGAUGAUGGCUGCAGGGCUCAGCUGGGUUGUGCUGCUCCGUCAUACCAUUCAUUCUGUCCUCCAACCCCAACACUGGGCAAUGGGACCUAUAUUUCCUUUAUAUGAAAAUCUUCAAACUACACAGAAAUAGACAUAAUAGUUUAGUAAACUCUCCAGAUUUCAAGUUACCAAGAUUUUCUAUUUUUACUGCAUCUAUCCAUUUAUUUUCCUUAAGCAUCUUAAAGCAAAUGCCACACACCGUAUCUUUUCUCCCCUGCAUACUUCAGCGUGCAUCUCUUUUUUAAAAGAGGACAUUUCCUUACACCUUUAUGACAUAAAACAAAAUUAACAGUAAUUCCUUGUUACCAUCUAAUUCCCAGUCCAUGCACCAGUUCCCCCAGUUGUCUCAAAGAGAAUACAUUUAGCAGCAUCGUAGACCAGGGUAUUUGGGGGAGGAGGUACUUUGGAGAGGGUGAUGAUUGCUUCCCCACCAUCCUGACUGUGGCUCUGGCAGAAGUCGUGUCACCAGCAGAACCACCACUGGAGGGGCACCAGUGGAGAGUUCUUUAGGCUGCCGACAGACACCUUCCCAGGCUGUUGGAUCUUGGGGUUUUCUUGCCUCCAGAAAUAAGCCUGUGAAAUUCCCCUUCUAUUUUCCAAUGUCCUGUGCUCUUCUGAGAUGGUCCCAGCUUCCGUGCUGCUGGCACCCACCUGGCUGUCACACUGGUACCCACUUCACUGCUUUUCCUGCAGCUGCAUCUUACACUAGGGGAAUUUCCUACAUCGGGGAAGAGGCUUCUCCCCAGGAUUAGCACUCUUCCACCAGCUUCGGAUCUACUGUGCCCUCAGUGAAUCACAGCUCUUAGAUCUCCCAAAGGGCCUCAGCUGCUUCAUUUGUUAGACAAUUUUGGCUGAAUGUUUCAUGAGACAAAUCAGAGGACAUAUGAGUAGCAGCAUGUUGUGCCACAUCUGAUGGCACCCUCUGACUAAGAGGACACGACAACUCAAUGUACUUUUUGCUCAGGGACUUUCUUUUGCUAUAAAGAACAUGAAGACAAUUGGUUAAGUCUGAAUAAGGUUUGUAUUUUAUUGUCUGAUAGUAUGAUAUCAAUGCUAUUUUGCUGAUUCCGAUGAUUAUACUGAUGAGAAUAUGUAAGAGUGUCCUUAUUUUUAGAAAAUACACAUUAAAUAUUAGGGGUAAAGGAACAUCAUGUCUGUAACCUACUUUCAAAUGGUUCAGAAAAUAAUGGGUAUCUAGAGAAAAUGAUAAGGCAAAUGUAGUAAAAUGUUAACAUUUGGGGAGUCUUAGUAAAAGAUGUAUAGGAAUUCUGUGUAUGAAUAAUCUGAAUAAAUCUGACAUUAUGUCAGCCUCCUCUGUUGAGUUCACCUCUUCAUUAAACAUUCGGUUUGGGAGUAUUUCCUAAUGCUAUUCUCUUCCCUAAGCCAUCUCCUCCACUGCCAUGGUGUUAAUUACUACCUACAUGAUAUUGCCCAAUUUAUCUCUCGAACCCAGUCUUCUUUCUUAAUGUCAGAUUGAUGUCCAGUUACCUACCUUUCAUCUCCAUUCAUGGUCUCAUUGGCAUCUCAAACUCACCAUACCACAGUGUGAAUUCCUGUUCUUAUCUCUCCCCUACACAUUCCUCUUCUCAUGGCCUCCUCACCUGAGAGCACAAAGCCAACUGCUUGCUCAAACCAGGAAAGACCAAAACACAACUCCAGCAGUCAUUUUUGGGUGCUAUCUUCCUCAUCCCUCACAUCCAGUUUUUGUUUCCUAUGGUAAAACAUGACUUUCAAACUAUGAAUAUUUUUUUUUCAUUGAAACUGUUUUUUGCCUUGUUCAUUAAGAUGUUCUGGGAGACCUCUAAUCCUUACAAAGGUUUACAAGCAAGGGAUAAUAUUUAUAAUACAUAAUCCUGGUUUUAUAACCUGGUCUCAAUAGUAACCUUGUUCAUUGCUUUUAAAACCUGCUACUGUUUUGCAUAUUUAUUAGCUAUUGAAACUAUAUAUUUGUGUGUGCAUAUAUAUUAAAUAAAAUAUUUAUCUCCAUCUCAUUGCCAUCAAUCUUGAUGAGUAUCAGAAAAGACAUAUUUUUUCUGUCAAAUAAAAUUUGACAUGAUCUUUCAUUCAAGUAAUGGCUCAUCAUCUUUUUGAAGCAUUUACUUUGCCAAAUGUUUGUUUUGUGUGACCUAUUGUCCUUGGGAGAUGUAUUUCAUAGAGCCUCACUUGUGACAUGUAUAUCUGUAGUGGGACCCACUGGUGGUAGAGCAGUUUAUUACUUAUCUUGGUUAUCUGAGGCCCUUUGGCACAGUUCUGGUCCAUUGCUGUGCAGUGAUAAAAUGUUAUACAGUAUGAAUGAAGAACUUCUACUCAAAGUGAAUUUUUGUUAAAUAAAGGGUCACAGAUAAUAUGAUAUAAUUAGUAACAGUCAAUAUGUAUUUGGGAAUAGAAAAAAUUUAGCCAGGCCUUUCAGGGAUGAUCCCUCAGCUCCACACCUGUAAAUUCUGCUGAAGAUGCUUAGAAAAUAUGUGAUUACCUGUUUAGGAACAUAAGAGACACUCUGUGGGAAACCCCCAGC